AUGAUUAUCUCAGUAGAUCUUAUCACCUCGAACAUAUGGACUGUGAUAUUGAUCACUAUACCUAUACUGUAUUUUAUUUAUUAUCGAAAAUUUCGAAUAUUCAUAUACGAUCAACCGAAAAAAGUAACGAAAGGUAAAAUUGCUCGAGGCAAAUGUCCACCAUCAUACCCUAACGGUAAAUUUUCAAGUUCCUCCAUUGUCGGCUUGGCCAACAAAAAAUUUCUUUAUCAUUUAGGAUGGUUUUGGUUAAUAGACUCGUGUAAUUUAGCUCCAGGUGGCGUUAGAUUUAUCAACCAUUGCGGCCGAGAUGUUGUUGUUUUUCGUGGACAUAACGGUAAACCAUAUGUUCUUGAAGCUUACUGUGCUCAUAUGGGUGGAAAUCUCGGCGUUGGUGGUCGAGUUCGUGAUAUAAACUGUAUUGAAUGUCCAUUUCAUGGAUGGGUUUACGAUGGUGAAACAGGCACAUGUGUGUUUUCCGAUGGCGAAAAUCGAAUACCUCGACGUGUUGAUACAUUUGAAUAUGCCGAUCUCGAACGCUGCACACCGUGUUCAUCAGCUAAUUCGAAAUCCACGGAGUAUUUACAAAAGAUCGCAGAAAAUCAAGAGAUUAAAUUGAAAACAUAUGAAUGUCGAGAAUUGAACGGAUCGAUCUUUGCUUGGUAUCAUGCAGAUGAGAAUUUAAGACAUAAACCACUUUACGAAUUAAUCGACAUUCAGGAUGAGAUCACUCGAAAUACUAUGGAAGUUCGCGGCGAGUCAAUCAACUACGUCAAUUGCCACGUUCAAGAGAUACCUGAAAAUGGCAGCGACGUUCGUCAUUUUGACUUCUUACAUGAAUCAAUCCUUGAUUCGAUAUCGUUUGUCAAAUUCAAAUGGACACCCUCAGCAGAACGUGCGACUAAUCCAGAUCUUCGGCAAAUCAUGGCCCAUUCGAAUCCCUCAGCACAUGCAUAUAAAAUGCAUCUCUUCGAUAAAUUUCUCACUGAAGAUAACGUUCGUUACAUCAACGUUAUUUGUUUGGAUUGUUCUAUUCGUUUCUUCGACAAAUACGAAAUCUUUCUCUUCAAUACCACUGGAUUUCAAAUUGGACCAUCGAUUGUUUAUCUGUUUCUUUGGUCACCCUAUUUCAAAUUAACACUCUUUCAUACCUUAACUCCAUUAGAAAAGUUUCAUCAACGUGUGGUGCAUCGUAUCAUAACUUCGACGUGGAUGCCAUAUUGGCUGUCAGCUGCAAUGUUAAUGGGCGAAGUGAAGCAACUCUAUGCCGACAUGAAAAUUUGGAAUAAAAAAAUCUUUACCGAAAAGUUGAACUACAAUACGAAAAAUUACGCAGACAAGUGUCUUCAUUCGUAUAGAAACUGGUAUGCGCAAUUCUAUGAAGGCUGUUAUGAACGAGAAGCCAAAUCGCUUUCGUGGUAG